AUGAGUAGAAGGGAGUCGCGCUCCUCACUGGGUGCAAGACAGAACGAUGCGCUGGUAGAAUUUGAAAACUUCAAGAAGAAGUUCCUGUUGGCAAAUAAGCAUAUUACAAAGCUUAAUUCAACACUAAGCGUUCGCAUCGAGGAACUAAACGCACAGAUAUCUACGCUCUACGUUGAAAACCUUCGGUUGCGGGCAUCCGAGAUCGCGCUGACAGCGCAGCUCAAGAAGGAGCGGGAAAAGUCCCAGAAAGUGAUAGCUGAUGCAGAGACUGCGGCCCAAAACCUCGCCAAACAUCUGAUAUAUCUCCGCGAGACCCACAAUAUACCCACUGUUUCAAACGACCCUCCUUCCCCUCCUUCACCCCGCGCGCGACGUCCGGCGCUCGAUGUCAGCCCGAGUUCACCUCAGUUGAACCGUAUCUCGCGACCCCCCAACGUGCCCGGAAUAUACGAAGAAGACGAGCCAUCUGGAUCCUCAGAGGAACGUGCAACACCCCCGCGAAAGAAGACCAAGUCGAAACCGAGGCUAUCAGCAUCAAAGUUACCCUUACCCACCCGAGCACCCUCACCCACGCCUACCGGAUCGAACGAUGUAUCAAAACCUAAGAAAACUAUUCGCAGGCAGAGCGGUUUGUUGAGUGUAAAUACGGAGGUUUUAUCGGUGCCUCGGUCGGGGAGUCCUGCUUUUGGAUCACCGAUUCGUCUGGAGGCUGGCCGAGCUGAGGAAGCCGAGGAACUUGCUGCUGUGCACGGAGAGUUGGAAAUCACCAUAACACCAAAGAAGGAGAGACGGAAGGCUAAAUCUAAGGAAGAGCCGGAAGGUGAAGUUGUUUCGAAGCCACCAAAGGAGAAGAAAAAACCCAGAGAAGAGGUAGAUUCCUCCGACAUUUUGAAGCCAAAGGUGAAGGAUACUACUGCCCCCCGAACUGCUCUGCAGCCAAUUGAUAGCAACGUCUAUGAACAGACAAAUACAGAUGGAAAAACAUUCCUACGCCCAGGAUCUCCCAGUGGGUCAGCGCCCACAUCGCGUGGUUCGACGAGUCCUGUACCAACCGGUUCUUCCGAACUAGACGGUACGCAGAACGCCAACGGUAAUCGGGAGAGGCGGACGAGGAAGAGUGUUAAUUAUGCUGAACCAAAGCUUAAUACGAAAAUGCGGAAACCUGACAAUGUUCCGGGGCUAACAGAACCAGUACGCAAAAAGCGGUCCUCCGCAGCCGCUGUUAUGACAAGCACUUCGUACAAGCCUCCAUCAUCAUCGUCGUCUACUGGUAAUGAUGUUGACCAGGAUGAUAUUGAUGAAGAAAACAUUUUAGUAUCAUCGAGCGUCGGUGUUCAUCCGGCACCUAUUCCCCUACCGCUGCGAGGCACCAGCGGCAACUAUAUCAAUCCCGAACAUUUCCCUCUCCCUCCGUCUCGCCCUGGAUCAGCUGCAGCAAUGUAUUCUCCGGGACCUCCGACACGGACAACAGGAUCAACGACUUCUGGGGUGUCUGUCACAUCGUCUUGCUCAAUAUCAACAUCUUCUUCAAAUGCCACUAACAUCACGGUGAAGAAGAAAAGGUCACGGCCGCAGAUCUCGGCUCUUAGUGACGAAGAAAGUGAUGGUGCAGAAGCAGACGAAGAGUAUUUGGGCAGCGGUGCAAGCUCAAAAGUCACGGGUUCAGGCGCGUGGGUCAAUGUAGAAGGGCGCCGGAAAGCGCUUCCAAAGAGGAGCGCAGCUACUGCUGCUGUAGCUGCCAUGGAGGAUAUCAGGCGGCAUAGCAUGAUUAUAUGA